AUGUAAUAAGUUAAUGUACCUUCACAAUAUCCAAAUAUACCUAUUGCAAAUCUAACUCCAACCAAUAAAACUAAUCCUUCUCAAUCUCCUCAUCAACGAAUACUCUUUUAAUCAUCAUCCCCUAUCUAAGAUAACAAAAGCUAUACACCUGUUAAACAAUUAGGCGAAUUGGAAUUACUCUAUUAGAAAAUCAAUUUGCUUCAAAAUGAAAAUAAAAUGCUUAAAGUUCAAUUGGAAAAUGCCAAUCUUAAAAUCCAAUAAUAAUCUACCAAAAUUAAUUCCUAUAAUAGUUAAGCAAUAUUCAAGACCACUACUUUCGAAUUAGUAGUACUAUAAAAAGCAUUAGAACAAUUAGAAUAGUUGAAAACAGCCUUACAGAAAAGAAAAACAAGUCCUCAUCAUAAUAAUUAAACUCUACCUACUGAGGAAUCAGCUGAAGUCAUUAGCGAAUUAAAGAGUAAAGUUACAUUCUUAGAAUAAAAGAAUAUUAAAUUAACAAAGGAGAAUUCAGAAUUAUAAGUAAACAAUUUAUUCUUUAUUUGUAGCAUAACAUUUUAUUCCCUGUCUAAUCUGAAACCAAAGAAUUUGCAAGAUAAGGUAGAAAACAAUUAUUUUCUGAUCCAAGUGAAAUCAGGAAAGUUAAUAGGAACAGUCCUAUUAGAUUUGUCAAUUCAAAAGGAAGUCCAAGUAAUCCAUAUAGAUCACCCAAGCAUAUAGAGUGA